UGGUGAGGGUAUGGCUAUCGCACGGCAUAAUUUGCGAGCUGGAUCUCACAUUUGACCCAAAACACCAAGCUCUUCCAAAUAGAUUCCGAUUUAACUUAACGUGCUCCGUGGGUCUCUACAUUAUUGUUUUGGGAAAUACGGAUUGAUUUUUUACUCAGCCUAAUUAUUCGAGUUUACUUUGUUCGUCAAUUUAUCCAUCAAUUUGCAUCACGUUACCGUCAGCAAAGACACAGUACUUCGAUCUCAUUCUUUAUGUAUGAAGUUCUUCUGCUGAUUGCUUUCGACAACAGAAGCACCUGUUGAUUUCGAUUCAUUCUAAUUUUCUUCUUCCAAUUUUAAUGUGUUCGAGCACAGCCAGAAAUUACUGCUUAGUGUUCAUAGAAGCUAAGGAUCAAAACUAAGGAUCGACUCAUAGACGGGAAUCACGGGAUAUCAUGACGGUCUGGAGUCGGCCGAUAACCGGCGGCUCAAUCGGAACCCAGGCCGUGCCAAAUUCGGGCCGCCAUUUUUAUCGAUAUCAAUGCGAGCAAAAAGCAAAAUCCCCGCAGGUAAUCUCCCGAUCCCACGGCGGUCACCUGUUGAUGCGACUGGGGCAGAAUGGGGUCAGAAGGAGGCCGGGAAUCGUUCUCAGAUCGACGGAGACAAUGCAAUGGGCGGUCGGUUCCGCCACCGGUUACGAAGGUGCGAGAAGGAGUUGCCCGUGUGCAUUUGGAGAUAUUCGAGGAGCGGAAGUUGUUGAGGGGAAGGAUCGAGGGAAAGGCGGUGACGGGCGGAGGGCGGAGGUGUUGGUUGCAGCAACCGCUACAGUGAUCCUCGGAGUAGGAAAUCGUGUCCUCUACAAGCUCGCUCUUGUCCCUCUUAAACAGUAUCCCUUCUUCUUGGCUCAACUCGCCACGUUUGGGUAUGUGCUUGUGUACUCAUCUAUUCUUUUUAUUCGCUACCAUACUGGGAAGGUUACUGAUGAAAUGCUUUCACUGCCUAAAACUCCUUUUCUUGCUGUUGGUCUCCUGGAGGCUCUUGGUGCUGCUUCUGGUAUGGCAGCAGGAGCUACUCUUUCCGGUGCAGCAAUUCCAGUUCUGUCCCAGAGCUUUCUUGUGUGGCAACUUCUCCUGUCUUGGAUUUUCCUUGGAAGAAGAUAUAGUUUCAACCAAUUGUUUGGGUGCUUUCUUGUGGCAAUGGGUGUUAUUGUUACUGUGGCAAGUGGAUCUAGUGCUGGUUCUAUGAUGGGAGCUGGUGUGUUUUGGAGUCUUUUGAUGAUUGUUUCUUUUUUAUUUCAAGCUGCCGAUACUGUUUUGAAGGAAAUAAUAUUCCGGGAUGCUGCUCGAAAGUUGAAGGGAGGUACUGUGGAUCUAUUUGUUGUGAACACUUUCGGAUCUGCUUUCCAGGCAGUUUUUAUAAGCCUUCUCCUACCUUUUCUAUCGAAGCUAUGGGGCAUCCAAUUUCUUCAAUUGCCAGCAUAUAUAAAAGAUGGUGCAGCCUGCUUUUUGAACCUCGGAACCAUACAGGGAUGUGAUGGAGCACCAAUGUUACCACUGCUGUUUGUCAUUGUCAAUAUGGGUUUCAAUAUUUCAUUAUUACACCUGCUCAAGAUCUCUUCUGCUGUGGUAUCUUGCCUUGUCUCCACAUUCUCAGUUCCCAUAUCAGUGUUUUUAUUCACACUUCCUUUACCAUAUCUGGGAGUCGCAUCAUCUCUCCCUCCAGGUUUCAUAUUUGGAGCAGCCAUCCUUGUUUUGGGAAUGCUGGUUUAUGCUUGGACACCGCCACCACCACCACCAUCACUUCAUGUGGCUGAACCAAACUCCUGAUUCUCAUGGUCUGUCAAAGUUAUGUGGCACUGCAAUGCCUUUCCAUUGCAUAUCUGCCAUACUCCGAGUGCGAAACGAAGGCAGUUCAAUGAAUAACGAUGAAAUCUGGAUGUUUCUGACUUUCUGCUGAUUUUCAAGCUUUCCUAACCGUCUCUGAUCAGUCCUCAUCACGAAAAGGUUACAAGAUUGAAUCAAUCAGGCAAGUGAGAUUGGGUUUCAUCUAUCAAUCACUACACUUCACACAUCACAUAUACGUAUAUCAUUUACUGUAUACGAUGCAUAUACAUUGAACUCCCCCAUCCUAAAAAGUAAAAAGCUUCAAUGUUUCACACUUUUUUUAUCCAGAGAAAGAAUUCUCUUUGAUUAUAGGAAACUGUUUUUACAUGUAUUUCAUCGAAACUUCCAAAAACUAGUCACAAGUAUGUAAUACAUUGUUAUUAGUUACGGAGUAUCACAUAAGGGCAUAGACGUAUGGUUGGUAGUCACAAGUAGCCCAAUAAAACGAUGUAUGGUUUAUUGUAUCCUUAUUUUCUAAAAAAAUACGUUUAUGUGUACACUUGGGUGGCUAAAAUUUA